AUGGCGGCCUCAAAACUCGCUUUUCUAUCGAUUCUGUUUGUUUUUGCCCUAACGUUCGCUGCCGUCAGCGUUAGGGCUGAUGACGAUAGUGCUGAGUCCGCCCCUGCCGUUGAUUCUUCGGCGUUGAAGAUCGAACUUGAUCAACUGAAGUCUAAGAUCCACGCUCUCGAAUCUCACAUUGAUGAGAAAACGAAAGAGUUGAAGGGUAAGGGUGAUGUGAUAGCGCAGAAGGAGAAAAUCAUUCAAGAGAAAGCUGAUAGCAUUGCGUCAUUGCAGAGUGAACUGUCAUCUCUCCAGAGUAAAGGGAAGAUAGAUGCUCAAGUUGAAGUUGGAAAGGCGCAUGCCCGUGCAGGCGAACUAGAGAAACAGAUUAAUAAACUUACCAGGGAAUUAGAAGCACAACAUAAGAAAAAGGAAGCCCUGGAAGCCAGAGCAAGUGAAGCCGAGAAGAAGAUUAGUGAAUUGAACUUGAAACUAGCAGAGCUUGAAAAGAUCAAUGAGGAACAGAAAAGCAAAAUCCGUAAAACAGAACGUGCUCUCAAAAUUGCUGAGGAAGAACUGUUAAAAACAAAAUCUGAGGCCACUUUAAAGGCCAAAGAACUGAUGGAGGCCCUGGAGAAAAAAGCCCAAGCUGAAAAAUGGGCCGAGCCCCAUGUGGUAACAGUUAAAACUAAAUGGGUCCCAGCUAUAAAAGAGCAAUGGGUUGUAAUAACAACACAAGUUGAACCUCAUGUGCAAUCAUUAACGGCCAAAACUGUCGAAAUCUAUGAGGCCUCAAAGACUAAAAUCACUCCACACAUCAUCCGAAUCCAAGAAAUAGUCGAUCCUUAUUUUCAGGAUGCUAAAAAGUUCAGUAGGCCAUAUAUCGAUCAGGUUGCUACUGUGACGAAGCCCCACGUUGAUAAAGUUAAGGUGGCUUUGAAGCCCUAUGCGAAAGAGGCAGUUCAUGCAUAUGGGAAAUUUUUAGAAUCUGCAACCACAUACCACAAUCAGGUGCAAGGCAUUGUACAAGAGAAUCUGGAAAAGCACGAGCUCACCAAACCACUCGCAACGAAAGAGUUCGUCUGGUUCAUUGCCUCUGCUCUGUUGGCCCUACCUAUCUUCAUUUUGGCCAGAGCUCUUUUUGCCACCUUCUGCAAAAAGGCAAAGAAACCUGCCAGAAAUGUUCAAACCAGUCACCCUCGUCGCAAGGCUAAAAGGGGGCAUCCAGACAAGUGCCGGUAUCCACUGGCACUUGUAGUUCUGCUGGCACCAAACUUGCUGCUAAACUUCGGUCAUCUGCGAUGGCCUUGUGGUCGAGUGAGGUUCACCGGCCAUUGGGCAUGCAAGGUAAGGGAAAUAGUUGACGGCAAUAUACGUUAUUCUCCUACUAAUCCCUCACCAUCGGCUGGAAAGCUUGGGACCAGAUUUGCUGGCGGCCGGAAUCUAGAGAUUUUUUCUAGUCAUUCUCGUUAG